AUGAGCAACGUAUUCCUUACUGGAGCCACUGGGUACAUUGGUGGAGAUGCCCUCUCCAUUAUUGUCGAAGCCCACCCCGAAUGGUCCAUUCGCUGCCUUGUGCGUAACAACGACAAAGGGGCGUUAAUCACGGCAAAAUAUCCCGGCAUCCAGCUGGUCUACGGCGAGCUGGAUAGUGUCGACAUCAUUGAGCAAGAAGCAAAGGAUGCCGACAUUGUCUACCAUUUUGCGGAUUGUGAUCACGAGCCAUCCGCCAUUGCCAUCGCAAAGGGGCUAGCCAAUCAUACCCCGGAUCGUCCGGGAUAUUGGAUUCAUACAUCUGGUACCGGUAUCUUGACCUACCCUGACUUCGCGAAUACUACAUUUGGCCAGGCGACGAACGAGCCUUUUGAUGACUGGGACGGAAUUGAAAAAGUCCUCGACUCUAUCCCCGACCACGCAAGACAUAGGUUGGUUGACAAAAUUGUCAUCGAGGCCGGGACCAAGCUCGCAGACCGUGUCAAGACUGCCAUUGUAUGCCCGCCAACCAUUUACGGUCCAGGAAGGGGACCAGGGAAGACCCGUGGUGCCCAGGCCUACAACUUAGCCAACUCCAUUCUAGCGGCAAAGCAGGGCGUCCUGAUCGGAAAAGGCACCAACGUCUGGACACAGGUGCAUGUCUGGGAUCUCAGCAACCUAUAUCUACUACUCGGCGGUGAAGCAGCAAACGGGGGCGGCAAGGCGACCUGGGGAAGGGAAGGCUAUUACUUUGCGGAGAAUGGGUUGUUCGUGUGGGGGGAUGUUGCGAGAGCACUCACUGGUGCAGCUUUUGAGAAGGGGCUAAUUCCAUCACCAACUCUCAAGUCUGUGAUAAGGACACUGGAUGCCGAUAGGAAGGAGUUGGCCCCUUCUACAGACUUGGAGCCCGUGUCUGAUCAGGAGGCCAAGCUGCUACGCCCCUUCUUGCAUUACAUGGUCCUCCGGGCAAAGAAGAUCUUGGGUUGGACUCCCAGGGAGAGACUUCUCAUUGAGGAGACUCCGGACAUUAUCGAAUUUGAAGCAAAGUUGCUUGGUCUCUAUUAG